AUGGAGGUCGGCAAAGAAGAAUCGCUCAUUUCCGAUAUACGGGAAUACGCAAAAACGUUUACAGAAAACGGUGUUUCGUCAUUUCAGAACAAAAUUGAACAAAACUUAAAUGUUUGGAAAGAAAAAAAGCUAAAUAUCGCUGUUGUUGGAGAUAGCGGAGCUGGAAAAUCUUCUUUGAUAAAUGCCAUUCUUGGACUUACUGCAGAAGACGAAGGUGCUGCACCAGUAGGAUCUAUGGAAACAACAAUGACAAUAGAAAAGUACGUGAAUCCAUUGCAUCCAAAUCUUGUGUUUAGCGACAUGCCAGGGAUUGGAACCCCAAACUUUCCGAGGGACAGCUAUUUUGCCAAGAUAGGUCAGGACCUAACCGAGUUCGAUUUCUUUCUAAUCGUGUGCAGCGGCCGAUUCAAGGAAAACGAUCUUUGGUUUGCAAAUAUAAUCCACAGUCAACGUAAAGAGUUUUAUUUCGUCAGGACACAUACUGACGAGGACGUGUUGUCCAACAAACACGACUUUCCCCAGACGCACAAUCAAGAAACACUUUUGGCACUUUUAAAGAACCGUUUAUUUGAUGAGCUCAACAGAGCACAAAUUGCAACAAAUCAAGAUCACAUAUUUCUUGUCGACAACUAUGAUCCAACAAAAUAUGAUUUCGAAAAGCUUCUAGAUACACUAGUUGUCAAUGCACCAAGCAUCAAAAAGGAUACCUUGAUUCUUUCCUUAGCGAUUACAACGAAUAACUUGAUCGAUGAAAAAGUAAAAGUAUUAAAGGAUCGAGUUUACAUUAAAGCUCUGUUGGCAUGUGUUGGGUCACUUGUUCCCUUACCUGGCGUAGGUGUAGCAGUUGAAGCAUCGGUUUUGUACCAAGAGUAUCAGUUUUAUCGCGAGCAACUUAGCAUUGAUGACAAGAGCAUGCAAAAUAUUUCCGAACGUUUAGAUGUAUCAAAGGAAAAUCUCGAAAAGAAACUGAAUAUGAAAUCUCACAUGGUGUCGGUAUCUUUGCAGGCCUUUGUAAAAUUUCUGUCCGUACAUGUAGCAUCUGAAGGAAUUGAGAAUGUUGUCAAAGCUGCACUACCAAUCAUUUCAAGUGUGCUUGCAGCUGGUGUAAGUUACCCAUUGUGCGUACAUAGCCUCAAAAACCUAUUAGCCAUGUGCGAAAAGGAAGCACGUGCUGCACAUUACGAUGUUGAAAUUAUGUUUUUAAAACAACACCAAUAAUUGGACACAUACAAGAAUUCAGAGCACUUUGUUAUAAAAAUGGCGUUGAAGUAACAAUAGAAGAACGUAAAAUUAAUCACUCACCGAAUCACUAUGCACGCAAUGAGCAGCUGUUUAAAUUGACAUAUAUAACGUAACAAUAUUUGUACACGAAUCAAUAUAUGUUUUCCAUUUUAGUACAAAAUGUGAGAUAAAAUAUAAGCACGUGUGUGCGAUCGGUUGUGCUUUGACAAUGACAAACAUAUGCCAUAGAUAUGAGUAAUAUGUGUGCAGAUAUUUAUGCAUUCCCUUUUUUUUGCUAUUUUAUUUACAUUAUCUAGUUUUACGAUGUUCACAAGAUGUCUUUUAAAUUGUUAUUUGGAACAAUAUUUCAAUACAAAUUUUCUAUACAACAACGAUAACAACAGCAACAAUAACU